ACCGUCCCACUUCCGUUGCCUGCAUGUGUCAGCUGGGGUUUUUCCUCCGGGAUCAGUGAGGGGAGAUUCUGUUUGUGUCACUGUAAAACGUUGUGGAUUCCCUUUCCUCCCGUUAGAUCGCUGUCAUCGACAAACCGAGUCAAAGUAUGUUCGUGUCAGAGAAUCCAUCCUCGCAAAGUUAACGGAACCGGCGAUCGUGCAGGGUUUUGCGGCUCCGGCUGUGACAGGGACAAUGGGAAAGAAACGGGCGAAGGACAAAAGCUCCAGAGAGGACGACGACAUCGACCUGACAGGUCCAAACUGCAGGCACAUCAAGAAAGGAUCAGACCAAACUCUUCUCAAGAAGCUUUCAGGUAGUUCCGAUUGGACCAGUUGCCAGGAUUGUAAGCACGAAGAAAAUAAAGAAAACACUGACAUUAACCAGCCACAGGAGCCUGAAGAGGAAAAUGAAACCGCAGCCGUUUGGAUGUGUUUGAAAUGCGGCCACAGAGGCUGUGGGCGACACUCUGAGAACCAGCACGCCAUCAAACACUAUGAGACUCCUCGGUCAGAUCCACAUUGCUUGGUGGUCAGCCUGGACAACUGGAGCGUGUGGUGUUAUAUAUGCGACGACGAAGUGCAGUACUCCAGAACUGGGCAUUUGUCUCAGCUGGUGACCAACCUACAAAAGCAAACUUCUGCAGAACCCCUAAAGAGACCACAGAAAAGAGUGAAAGAGGAAGACAUCUUGUUGGAAGUACAGCAGCAGACAGACACUGUCACAGCAGUGGAAAGUGAGGACACAGAGGACAAAGAAAACAAGCAGCAUCAGAAGAAAAACACCAAGAAGGAGAGUGUUGGGAAAAAGUCCAGCACAACUGAAGACAAAGGUGGUGUUUCAGUAAAGGGGCUGAGCAACCUGGGAAAUACGUGCUUCUUUAAUGCCGUCAUUCAGAAUCUCUCUCAAACAUCGCUUUUGAGACAGACACUCAACAAAGUGGAAGAAGAGAAAAUGAGUCUUGACAUUACACCCGGUGCCUCCUCAGAUCUGGAGCCUGUCACGGUACAGUUGGCUCAGCCGGGAUCCCUGACUCUGGCUAUGUGUCGACUACUUAAUGAGAUCCAGGAAUCCAAGAGGGGUGUGGUGACCCCGCAGGAGUUAUUCACUCAAGUUUGUAAAAAGGCUCCCAGAUUCAAAGGGUUCCAGCAGCAAGACAGCCAGGAGCUGCUGCGCUACCUUCUGGAUGGGAUGCGAGCUGAGGAGCAUAAAAGAGUAAGCACAGGGAUCGUGGAGGCAUUCAAACAAUCGAAGAAAAGCACCGAUGAUGAGCAGCUGAAAACCUUAGUUAAAGAGUACGAGAAAAAUGGGUUUCCACAAAAUUUCGUCGACCACGUUUUUGGUGGGGAGUUGACCAGUACCAUAAUGUGUCAGCAGUGUAAAACGGUUUCUGUAGUAACAGAAAUGUUUUUGGAUCUUUCUCUUCCCAUUUCUGACGAGGCAUUUAAAAAGAAGAACCUGAAAAAAGUCUUUCAAAAGACCAGUGAGUUGAGCCAGGAUGACGGAGUCAGCCCCGCUCUGACCAACGGAGACGAUAACGUUACCGGCGGGGGUGGUAGCAAGUACCAUCAGAAGAAGGCCAAGAAGCAGGCAAAGAAGCAAGCUAAGCAGCAAAAGAGGCAGCAGAAGUUUGAGGGCAGAGUCACUUUAGAUAACCUCCCUUCUCCGAGCCUUGCAGAGAACCAACCCACGGAUCCUUCUGCAGGUGCAGAUGAAGGGAAAAAUGUUGACACUGAGACACACGAAGAAGAAGAAGCCCCGCCGAGUGAGGGAGACCCUGCACAAAUCACUGCCGCUGACCUGGGUGCACAGGACCAUGACACAGUCCAGGCUGAGAAUGAAAAACAAGAGGAGGGCGAGGAUUCCGAAACUGACUCAUCAGCUACUUCAUCUGUCAGCAACCGGUUUACAGUCUUAUCGAAGAACCAGGACUCAAAGGACGGCGUCCUGGAUGAAGGCAACAUAUCUGACACGGCACAAGAGGCAGAGGAAGAUACUGCGCUGGUGAAUGAAAUGGAGAAAGUAACUCUCGAUGAGGCCUUCAUACAGGACUCGGAUGCUGCGGAACAAAGCAUGGAGGCUGAAGAUGAGCCACUGGAAGGUAGAGAGUACACUGUUGUAAACCAGGACCCAGAGCUGGCCUUCCACACGCUGGCUUCCAGAACGUCCCCCGAGAAGACGGACUGUUCGGUGCGGUCAUGCCUGUUUCAGUUCACAGAAGUGGAAACCCUCACGCAGAACAACAGCCUUCUGUGUGUCACCUGCACUAAACAACGGGGGAACAAAGACAACGCUGGAGGAUCCAAGAAUAAUGUGUACACCGACGCCUUGAAGCAAAUGCUGAUAUCUUCUCCCCCACCAGUACUUACCCUUCACAUGAAGAGAUUUAAACAGAGUGGACACAGUAUUUGUAAGGUGAACCGACAUGUCCAAUUCCCUCUAAUAUUGGAUUUAGCGUCUUUCUGUGUGGUCAAAUGCAAGAACGUGAUGGAAGGGGAUACUCAGAUUCUGUAUAGUUUAUAUGGUAUCGUAGAGCACAGUGGAACAAUGAGGUCCGGGCAUUACACAGCCUACGUGAAAGUACGACCUGAUGGCCCUAAACCCACAUCCAAUGGAUUUGCAGCAGAUGGAGAUGUGGAGCCACCCACAGGAUCCUGGUUCCAUAUCAGCGACACAAGUGUUCAGCCUGUGAGCGAGAGUAAAGUGCAGAGUUGCCAAGCCUACCUCCUCUUCUACGAAAGGAUCCUCUGAUCAAACCGUGCCUCUCUACUCAGGAAAUCUAAAAAAAAAGCCAAUUCUGCUGCUGCUGCUCCAGUUUCCACAGAUGACCAAUAGAGCUCAACGGUUCUGGUUCCGGAAGUAAAAAUCCCAUUUAAUUUCCCGAAUACUGUUUGAUUAUGAACCAUAAUAUUGUAACCAUCAAGUGUAGACUUACCACGGUUUGAGAUUGUGAAAAAUAUGUUAUAUGCUCAUGUAUUAGCCUCAAGUACGUAUGAUAUUAACUGUGUUUUAUUUGCUAUAUCAAGAAGAAAUACUUCACUACCCACAAUCCUCAGGUCUGAUGGCAACAUCCCCGAUUGGUGGAACCAGCUGUUGCCAAGAAAAUGUAAAUACAAAAUAGCAAUGGUUUCUGGGAUGCGUGGUUCCUUUACUCAGUGCAUCCUUGUUUUUUUCGUAUUUCAAUCAUUUUAUUUUGCUCAGAAUCAGGUAUUUUAUGGUCACGAUUCAUUUCCAGACCUAAAGGCUCAGUGUAUAGAAUUUAGUGACAUCCAGAGGUGAAGUGUCAUGUUGCAGCUUAAUACUCCUCAUCUCACCCUGCCAACAUGAAGGAGAACAUGUGGUGAACUUCAGUUGUCAUGAAAACUCAAACGGUUUUAGUUUGUCCUGUUUGGACGACAGAAAAAAAACAUGGCGGAUUCUGCAGAGAGGACCCCCUCCUCCAUGUAAAUAUAAAUUUUUUAGAUUUAAAGGGCCCACUCUAUGAUAAAGAAAACAACAAUUUAUACAAUUUAGAUGAAACACACCAUUGAAAAACUAGGAUUGUUUUAUAUUCAAUUUCUGCCCAAAAAUUCCUUUACCCAGAUCUUACACACUGGACCUUUAAAACUCUUAAUUGAGGAUUUUCUGAAAAGUCAGUGGAGAAAAUGAACUGUGGAAUUUUCUGCCUGAACCAGAGCUGUUCUAAAAGUGGAUGUUCCUCAUUUUGCUCUCGACCCAAACUGGGCAGUGAUGAAAUCAAACUAACUCGGAACACAUUUGACAUGUGUUGACAUUUUUCCUCCCCAGCAGUGUCGUGCAGUGUCCCGGGAAUCGAACAUUGGGACAGCUGCUCUGUUUCUCACGACGACUAUUGAAAAAGGACAAUGAGCGACAUGCAAGUCAAGAUGGACUGUGAACAGAUGAUGGAUUUCAGUUUCAGGAAGCAAGAGGAGAAGGAUUUGUCUAAAGGAUAAUAUUUAUAUGCCAUUUUUUUAAAAGGAAAAAUAAAUGUCAUGUAAUUAAAAGCUUACAAAUGA